GGAGUUGUGUAGAGGAUCAGCCCUUGUUACUGUGUUGUAAACCUUAAUGCUUUGAAUUUUAACCACCUUCAAAUCGGGGAGGGGGGGAAGCAGACUUGUGGACCUGCACUGUGGAAACACAGACAUCCAUCGUCUGGAUGCAAGCGAUGUGUUUAAUGAAUAUAUCCAGUCAGUGGAUCGUGGAGGUCACACAGAAAGGACUCUUGUAAGACAGCAACAGUAUGUCAGAUGAGUAUGGAGGAAGGUGUUUCAACCAAGGAUACAACUACUGAUCCUGACGUGGCUCAUAAAGCAGAUGAGUAUAGGGCACGGAUCGGCUGCCAGACCCACGUGGAUCCUGGGAUGUCUGAGCAGCAAAACGUACCAAGGGAGAAGAUUGAUGGGUAUGAAAAUAAAGGUUUAAAAAGGAAGACUUGCUGUUUGUUCCAAGCCGUAGGAUGUAAAUAUAAGGGAACGAGAGAGAAGAUUCGGAAACACGAGGAAGAAUCUGUUGGGCAGCACAUCGGUCUUUUAUUGAAUGAAAUCACAAAGCUGAAUCCUGACAGACUGCCACCUGCUGCGGCGAACACCUUGCCAAGGUUGGAGGCAGAAGUUCAGGAGUUGCGAUUGAGAGUCGCUGCCUUUUCGAACAGUCAUCGGCUGAACGAACUCUGUGACAAACUGCAGGGUUUCUGCAGGACGGCGGAAGCCCACAUCGCUGGGGUGGAGGCCAAAUCGGCCUCCUUUGAGCACACUUUGGAUGCAGCAAAAGAGAUGAAGAAAUGCUCGGAGAUAGUGGCUGUUUUGAACAGCUGGAUACAGCUCGGAAAUCAACUUAUUCUGAUGGAAAAUCAGCUGGUGGAUGUUGAGCAUCAACUGCAACAGGCAGGCCAAAACAUACAGGAUUGCACGGCACGGCUAGAGGUCAUGGAACAGUUAACUCAUAGCGGAGUGUUUAUCUGGAGAAUUGCACAACUCGAGAAAAGGUUGCAAGAAGCUGUCGAUGGAACAACGCCUUACCUGGAUUCUGGUGGAUUUUACUCGUGCAAAUAUGGGUAUAAGAUGUGUCUCCGAAUAUAUCUGAAUGGUCAUGAAAGAGCCCAGGGAAUUCACAUCUCACUUUAUUUUAUUUUGCUCCAAGGACAUUAUGAUACUUUGAAUCAGUGGCCAUUCAGAAAAAAGGUAAAACUCUCUCUGCUAAAUGUGAGAGAUCAACGGUAUUCCAUUGUCAAGAGCUGCGUUCUGAGUCAUCUGGACUUGGCUUUACAAAGACCUGCAGCAAGUAUGAACGCGCCAUGUGGAUUUUCCACCUUUGUGUCCUUACCUGAAUUGAAACUGCGUUUCUCAGAGUUUGUGGACAAUGAUGAAAUGUUUGUAAGUGCAGAGGUCGACUCCAGCAGUCUGUAACCUGACUCUGAAAUGGGGCCAUCCUUUUACAUUGAUGACAGGGAAGUAGAGAUACCUCUGGAUGUUACAAUGAUACUGUGAUGUACAUGUGAUGUGAUUUUGAACCUUCCCCAUACCCCACAGCAACACUAAACUCGAUAAUCUCGAUGUAUUUGGACUAAAAUAAGAAAAUCAUAUUGAAGGCUCGUUACUUGGAGAAAAUGAUCCUUUUCCAUGAAGGGGAAUAAGAAAAGAAUAAAUAUAUCCUAAAAUACUGUAAUUAUCAGUAUGCGGUUUUAGCUGGUUAGACUCCAGC